AUGGCUCUUAUGACAGUGCAGUUUCGGCCGAUGACGGCAUUAAAGGGAAAAGAUGCAGGUGAAGGAGUUGGAGAGGCUGCCGGUAGAGUCGGAGGAGGUUCUGGUUCGGACUUCACACCUACACACUCCAGAUUCCGCCGUUUCUACGGUGGAGGCCCUGGUGGUUUUGGAGGACCUGGCGGUUAUGGCGGUGAAGGCCCUGGUGGUUAUGGAAACUAUGGCGGUGGAGGUCCUGGUGGUUAUGGAAACUAUGGCGGUGGAGGUCCUGGUGGUUAUGGAGGCUAUGGUGCUGAUGCUGGUGCUGCUCCUCCUGCUGCUGAUCCAGCUCCUAGUGGUGGUGGUGGAGGUGGGACUUCUAGUGGCCACAGGACCAUAACAAACACUAUCAGUGGCGGCUAUGGAGGCUAUAGUGCUAACGGUUAUCCUAGCCCCGCUGACUCUGUAGGUUACCAAUUCAGGAGGCCAAUGCCCGGCAAUCGUUGGUUUCCUCAACGCUAA